CACCAACUCGCUCCUUGGUCUUAACCACCACCACCGACUCCGCAGUCGCUCCUCAAGACUUUAUCCCUACACACUUCUCAUACUCAAUCAACAUGUCAGGCCGUGGCAAAGGUGGCAAGGGUCUCGGAAAGGGCGGAGCUAAGCGUCACCGCAAGAUUCUCCGUGACAACAUCCAGGGUAUCACCAAGCCCGCUAUUCGUCGUCUCGCUCGUCGUGGAGGCGUGAAGCGUAUCUCCGGCCUCAUCUACGAAGAGACACGCGGUGUCCUCAAGAUUUUCCUGGAGAACGUCAUCCGUGACUCCGUCACAUACACUGAGCAUGCCAAGCGAAAGACCGUCACUGCCCUCGAUGUGGUGUAUGCUCUCAAGCGCUCUGGCCGCACGUUGUACGGUUUCGGAGCCUAGACGUGUAUCGCAACGGUCACUCGGUGCUUGCCGACCGGUCUGCCCAAGCUGACCACUGCUCACACCCUUCACUUGUUACAUGUAUUGCAACCAUGUUUCCUGUAUUGUUAUUGUACAUCUCUAAAUACUUGAUUCCCUACGCAAGAUAACAGAUGAGAGCCCGGAUUCACCUCUUCCCAACUGAUCAG